AUGAGUCACGGAGAAGGUGUGUCGCUUGAAUUCACUCCGACGUGGGUCGUCGCCGGAGUUUGUACAGUCAUCGUCGCGAUCUCGCUGGCGGUGGAGCGUUUACUUCACCAUUUCGGUACUGUUCUUAAGAAGAAGAAACAAAAACCCCUUUACGAAGCCCUUCAAAAGGUUAAAGAAGAGUUGAUGUUGUUAGGUUUCAUAUCACUGUUACUGACGGUAUUCCAAGGACUCAUCGCCAAGUUCUGUGUGAACGAGGGUGUGCUUGAUCACAUGCUUCCAUGUUCACAUGCUGCAAAGCGUGAAGCUGAGGCAAGCGAGCACAAAAACGUAACAACGAAAGAACAUUUUCAGACUUUUUUCCCUAUCGUUGGAACCACUAGGCGUCUUCUUGCUGAACAUGCUGCUGCUGAAGCUGGUUACUGUAACGCAAAUGGUAAAGUACCAUUGCUUUCUCUUGAGGCGUUGCACCAUUUACAUAUCUUCAUCUUCGUCCUCGCCAUAUCUCAUGUGACAUUCUGUGUUCUUACCGUGGUUUUUGGAAGCACGAGGAUUCACCAAUGGAAGAGAUGGGAGGAUUCGAUUGCAAACGAGAGUUAUGACCCCGAAGCAGCUUAUAAGAAAAGAAGGGUCACUAGUGUGCAGAACCAUGCUUUCAUUAAAGAUCAUUUUCUUGGUAUUGGUAAAGAUUCAGUCUUCCUUGGAUGGACGCAAUCAUUUUUCAAGCAAUUCUACGGAUCUGUGACGAAAUCAGAUUACGUGACUUUGCGCCUUGGUUUCAUUACGACACACUGUAAGGCAAAUCCCAAGCUUAAUUUCCACAAGUACAUGAUGCGUGCUCUUGAGGAUGAUUUCAAACAAGUGGUUGGUAUUAGUUGGUAUCUUUGGAUCUUUGUCGUCAUCUUCUUGCUCCUUAAUGUUAAUGGAUGGCACACAUAUUUCUGGAUUGCAUUCAUUCCCUUCAUUCUGCUUCUUGCCGUGGGAACAAAGUUGGAGCAUGUGAUAUCACAGUUAGCGCACGAAGUUGCAGAGAAACAUGUAGCCAUUGAAGGAGAGUUAGUGGUGAAACCAUCAGAUGAGCAUUUCUGGUUCAGCAGACCUCAGAUUGUUCUCUACUUGAUUCAUUUCAUCCUCUUCCAGAAUGCUUUCGAGAUUGCGUUUUUCUUUUGGAUUUGGGUUACAUAUGGAUUCGACUCGUGCAUUAUGGGACAAGUGAGAUACAUUGUUCCAAGAUUGAUUAUCGGGGUCUUCAUUCAAGUGCUUUGUAGUUACAGUACACUGCCUCUCUACGCCAUUGUCUCACAGAUGGGAAGUAACUUCAAGAAGGCAAUCUUCGAGGAGAAUGUGCAGGUUGGUCUUGUUGGUUGGGCACAGAAAGUGAAGAACAAGAGAGAACUCAAAGCUGCAGCUAGUAAUGGGGACGAAGGAAGCUCUCAGGCUGGUUCUGGUUCCGGUCCUGCUCCUGCUCCUGCUCCUGCUCGUGCUCCUGGUGCUGGUGCAGGUUUUGCAGGAAUUCAGCUCAGCCGAUUAACAAGAAACAAUAACGCAGGGGAGACACAAAGUGAAAUAACACCUGAACAUAACAAUUGA